AUGAAGAGAAUGUACCUGCUCUUGAGUCUGCUUGUUCUCCCCCAUCUGCCACUCUCAGGUGGCGUGCAGAGUGGCAUCUUUGGGGGUCGUGAGGCCAAGCCCCACUCCAGACCCUACAUGGCUUCACUGCAGACACGAGGACACCACGUAUGUGGAGGAGUGCUGAUCAGAGAGGACUAUGUGCUGACUGCUGCACACUGUCUUCAGUUCCAGCCGCUGGUGGUGGUUCUGGGAGGCCAUGACAUCACAAAGAAGGAGGCCAGUCAGCAGAGGUUUCAGCUGAAGGAGACGCAGUUCCACGCUCACCCUCAAUUCAAACAUCCCACGCAGUUUCACUUCGACAUCAUGCUGCUCAAGCUGAAGCCCAAAGCCAAGCUGGAUGAGUAUGUGGAGGUGCUGGAGAUGCCCCAGAGGUUUGGGAAGAUCCCGGCCAGGCUGCAGUGUGAGGUGGCCGGGUGGGGGAGGAGGGUGCUCGGGAGGGGAGCGGAGAGCGUGCUGUACGAGGCUAACGUCACGCUGGCCAACAGCAAGGCCUGCAGGAAAAUCGCAGAUAACUACUUCAAUGUGGACCAAAUGGCCUGCAGCUUCUCCAAGGGGAAGGAUGGUUUCUGUCAGGGUGACUCAGGAGGUCCUCUUGUGUGUCGUCAUAACAACAAAGACAUUGUGUACGGAGUGGACGUGUACACCGGCAGCCCCUGUGACACAGCUGACUACCCUCAGGUCUACACCAGCGUGGCUCACUUCCUGCCCUGGAUCACACAGGAGCUGCAUGGGAAGCACUAUGGAAACCAUAAUGUUACUAUGGAAACCGUAGUGUAA